GCAGGCGUCCUUAAUCAAACGUCGCGUACAAAAUAUUUAAAGUCAUCAUGCUGAACACUGAGAUAUUGUCAGACCGCGUCGCGAAGGCAAAUCUGCAGAAACGACGAGACGAUGAAAGCGAGAGACGAGAGAGGAUAUUUAACCACAAAGUGCGGACUAUCGGGGUUGACAAGGAAGCCCUGGACCUGCAGAUUAAAGAGAAGAAGACUCAAGAGAAGGCUGAAAAGGAGCAACAAGAUGCUCAAGAUGCUGAUCUGCUGCAUAACAGCAAAGUAGCUUGUCUUCUCCACAACAGACAAAUGAAGGGGAGGCAAGCAGUGGAAAAAGACAUCGUCAGUUACCGGCGUCAGUACCAGCAACCUCAGAGAGAGCGGGAAAACGACCUGAACGACCCAGACUGUAAGGACGCAGAGACGGGUGAGGCGCAGAUGAUGCUCCAAGGCCUGGUGGGCGAGGAUCUGGACAGCGAGAGCAGACGGCAGAGACAGAAGGAGCAGCUCAGAGGAUGGCUCAUGCAGCAGCAGAGCGAACGAGCAUCAGCACAACAGCAACGCAAGCUGGAAGGGCAGCGCUACGACCAGAGCAGAGUAGAGAUGGACAUCAGAGCUCUGCAACUUCACAGCAUCGACAGUGAGAGGAGGAAAGCUGCAGCUGUGGCCACUAAGGAGUUCAACUUGGCCAAGAUUGAAGAGGAGCGCCGUCAGAAAGCGGAUCAUAAAGAGGAAGACGAUCAAGCUUCCACCACCAACCACCUGCAGGGUGAGCUGAUGUGUGAAGACGCCCCACAUACCCCGAGAAUCAUGGUACUGCCAGGUCUCUGUCCCAGCAGUGACAGGAGGGUCCCUUCAGAGAGCCAGCAGCAGGUCAUCCAGUUCCAGAAAUAUCAAAUUGAGGAGAAAAAGAGGAUUGAUCUGGAGGAGAGAAACGAAGAGGAGCAACACGAACGAGUGCGUCUGGACUCGGCUCGUUCGGCUCUGCUCCUCGAGCGGCAGCAGGCGAGACUGAACAAGCAGCUGAGACGACACCUGGACAACACCAACCUUCGACUGGCCGAAACACACAAACAACAGAAACCAGACAUUGAGAAAGGAUGCAUCGACGACAGCUUCUUCUCCCAGUUCAACACCUGCAGCAGGUGAUGGACGACGAGCAGCACCGACGACCUGAUGCUCCCGAUUAAAGAGCGACAUGACAAGAACAAUGAAGACAAUGAAGACACUGACAAACACUGAA